AUGUCUUUGUAUACACUGUCAGGGCACCAAGUAUGGGAACAGUCGCCCAGGGACCAAAGGCAGCCUGCCGAACAGGUCGGUUAUCCGGGUUGCAAUCAGCACGACAUUCCACGACCUGAACAUGAUCCAGUCGAGCAAGAAGAUCUUGUGGCACGGUUUGCCAGGCAGAUGAACAUGGCAGCCCCAACGCCAUCCGGGGCACCUUCGCAGGUCCCAUCACCAAUUCUCUACAGCAUUACACAGCACUACCAUCAUUCCUCGCAUGUAGUUCGACGGGAGACACCUGAUGGCGCCCCGAAGGAGCACUUAAUGCUCACUGAAACGACCAGUCUGGACAGGAUACUGAUGAAUAAUAAUGUCAAUCCAUCAUCUCUUUCACCAAUGCAACGCCUGCUUUUCGAAUAUGCUAUUCCAGAGCAACGCUCCCGAUUAAUUCAAAUGUGGCAGAUAUAUCCCGCAAAUUGCACCCCAAGCAUUGCUGAAGCCAUGGCGGGAGGCCAGACCCAAGGCUUGGAAACUCCAUUUGCUAGGACUACGCCUAACCAUACACCGCAAUCACAUCACCUCUAUGACGAUGAGAUUUGUGAUCAGCCCCCGGGCGAAAAUAACGAUGAUGGUCAUCAUUAUGCCGAGCCCUAUAUGGUUUCUGGCUAUGAAGAUUAUGCCCAGAAAGACCAUGAGUUCUCUGCUAAUGCAAUCAUGUCAUUAACGGUUGAGCCUACUACUGGAACACCAUACAAGAUCGCAAAUGAUCCUGUCUACGGUAUGGGGGGGGGGGGGGGGGGGGGGGCCAAAGGGGGGUAUGAAUUACGAGUGAGCCGGCCUGGGGUUGGUUGGGUAAAAUGGAUUAAAAUUUUGGACAAAAUGUCAAAAAAAAGCAGGGGCCCACA